AGAGCACAGCCUCGAGAGAAGAGCAAAGGCUAUCACAAACACACACAAUCAUGUCGGGGGGCACGGAUGAUUCCACUUGUGAAGAAUGCUUUUCUGUACACUCAGCCAACAGCACGGAGUUGCACCCUGCACUGUCCACGGUGGACGACGAUGAACUUUUGCGAUACAUCUGGACGGAGUAUUUGCACCCCAAACAGUACGAAUGGGUUCUCAUCGUGGCUUAUGUCGUCGUGUUCGUCGUGUCACUCAUUGGCAACUCCCUCGUUUGUUUUGCAGUGUGGAAAAACCGUCACAUGCGCACGGUGACCAACUAUUUUAUCGUGAACCUCUCCAUUGCGGAUGUGUUGGUCACCAUCAUCUGCCUGCCUGCGAGUCUAGUGGUCGACAUCACAGAAACAUGGUUCUUUGGACAGACACUUUGCAAGGUUGUCCCCUAUCUGCAGACCAUCUCUGUCUCCGUAUCGGUCCUAACACUGAGCUGCAUUGCACAAGAUCGCUGGUAUGCAAUCUGCCACCCACUGAUGUUCAAAAGCACCGCCAAGAGAGCUUGCAAGAGCAUCGUAGUCAUCUGGGUGGUGUCAUGCAUCAUCAUGAUCCCUCAAGCCAUCGUGAUGGAAAGCAGCAGUCUGUUGCCAGCGCUCGCCAACAAGACAAGCUUGUUUACUGUAUGUGAUGAACGCUGGGGAGCUGAGGUCUACCCUAAGGUGUAUCACAGCUGUUUCUUCAUGGUCACAUACUUUGCACCAUUGUGUCUCAUGGUUGUGGCCUACAUUCAAAUAUGCCGCAAGCUGUGGUGUCAACAGAUUCCUGGCAGUACGUCAGGAAUGCAGAGGAAGUGGAAGUCCAUGCAGUGCUCCGUUUCCACUCCAGGGCCGGGGGAGUCUGUCCGGGUCAAGACCAACACAGUUUGUGCUGAGAUCAAACAGAUCAGAGCGCGCCGCAAGACAGCUCGCAUGCUGAUGGUGGUGCUUUUUGUUUUUGCUCUGUGCUACCUGCCAAUCAGUGUGCUCAAUGUCAUGAAAAGAGUAUUUGGGGCCUUCAAGAACACAAAUGACAGAGAGACGGUCUAUGCUUGGUUUACUUUCUCUCACUGGCUUAUCUACGCCAACAGUGCACUCAAUCCCAUAAUAUACAAUUUCCUCAGUGGAAAGUUCCGUGAGGAGUUCAAAGCCGCCUUUUCUUGUCACUGUUACUGUCAAGGCCAGAGAGAGCGACCGAAGAGGACGAGAGCUCGAAUGAGCACAGACAGUCGAAAGUCGCUAUCGACUCAAGUCAACCACAUGGACACUGUGUCUCACAUAUCGGAUCAGGUUGUAUAGUGUCAGCAGAGCAGCAGUUUGUGUUUACAACAAGCACUUGAAUGCAUCGUCCGCCAUUCAAUUUUCCUUGUUCUCAGUUGCCCUUACUUUGGGAACAAGUCUUUUCUCGUUGUACCACCCUCCAAGAGACAAAGAUAAGCCACAGCAGUUAGGAUGUGCUUCAGCCUUCCAUCCAUCCGCCAAGCACACUAAAGUGAAGCUCAGCCACCUCACACUGGAAACUCAUUUUGUCGCUUUUGCUGUUUUGUACUCCUAUAUCUGCUGGCGCCUCGAGAGAUCAGCACAUCCCCCAAGACAAAUAGACCUUAGCGCAGUUGUCAUUUCUACAACAAAUGAUAUGACAAUGGUGGAUCAGUAUAUUUGCUUUUUACAGAAUGUACACAUUGCAGCGACCAUUUUCUCACAGUGUAUCUUCUCAUGGAACAAUAAUAUAGAAAUGAAACCUGAAAAUAGUCAGUUGACAGCUCAUGUAAUGGUAUGAUUCAUGUUUAUCUCUGUGAACCACAGCUCCCCUGCACUCAAGCAGCCUCACACCAACACAACCACCACCAUACUUGACUGCAAGCAGUGCUCACUGGUAUUGCCAGCUAUUUAGACAAUAUAUUUUCAUUAUUAGUGGACAGUAAAGUAAAUCCAAUUUUUUUCCUUUCUAUAUUGUUUCCCCUUGAGAAUAUGAACUAAAAUGUUUUUUAAAGUGUGGAGUGUGUACUCACGCAGCAUUUACAUCUAUCUACAAACUCAGCUCAGGUAAUACAAGUGUUGGUUUUACAUUUGGGGAGCGAAGGGACAACACAUACGCUCAUCAGCAGUGUGGAGCAUCAGUACAACCAUCUACCUCAAAGGAGUUCACACUGUAUUUCAUUCACAAUUACAAAUACAGAGAGUCGAUACUACUAGAAUUAGAAGUCCUGACAGGUCUGGCCUUUCACCAUACUUACCUCACAACAUUUUUACUUUUUUUUUGCUAUAUUUUAUUCAGAUAAUGAUAAUAACAAAAUUUCAGAUAAUGAGGUUGCCACAUUUGGACGUGAGCCCUGAAAGAAGUUUGAGAUGGCUCUGAAUUCUCAGUUUUUGUCUUGUGAGAAGUCACCAUCCAGCCAGUGACUUCCUUUUAUGGGCAUGCCUAUGUACAAGCUGAAUGAGACCAAUCACAGCGGAGUGGGCUUGCUCGGAAGCAGACUGAGUGGAAUUAAUUAAAAUUGAUCGUUUUGGAAAUCCAAGUAAAUACAGCUGGACUAGGUGCAGAUUCUGGAAGAUCUGUGUGCUGGUUAUUGUGUGUAGCUGCUCUAUGGGGUCUAGGAGUCCACAACUCAAUACAAAGUAUUUGUUUUGUUUUUGCUGCCAUACUUACCUCACAACAUUUUUACUUUUUUUUACUUUCAUACAGAGCAGCUGCAAAUUGAUCUCACUAAUGUUAAAAAUAACCUGAACUGGAGUACAUAUUUAUGCAUAUAUGUAUAUGUAUGCAUGUGUGUAUGUAUAUAUGUAUGUAUGUAUGACCUGAAUAUAAGAUGCUAUAUUUUAUUCAUUCAUUUUCUAUGCUGCUUGUGCCCAUUAGAGACGUGGGGGUAUGCUGGAGCCUAUGGAGAGGCUAGGUACACCCUGGACUGGUCACCAGCCAAUGGCGGGACAUAUGUAGACAAUUAUUCACGCUCACAUUCGUACCUAUGGACCAAUUAGAGAAACCAUUUCCUGAUGGUGCGGCCACAUGCUAACCACUUGGUCACCAUUCUAUAUUUAAUUCUAGAAAAAAAGUCUGAUACAGUACAGUAAACCUUGGAUAUAUCGGACUUGGAUAUAUCGGAAAUUCGCUCACAACGGACAGAUAAAAAAGAACCGAUUUUUCUGUAAUGUAUUUCCAAUAAAAAUUCAUUGCAUAUAUCGGAUUUUUUAUAACGGAUUUCGCCUAUUUCGGACAAAAUCUCCAGUCCCGUUCCAAUGCAUUUCCAUUAAAUUUCCCUCGCAUAUAUCGGAUGGCCGCAUCGUGGCGCUCCGAUUCGCCGAAUCGUGACAGGCCGCUAUACGACGUCAUUUGCAGCGUUUGCAGCGUUGCCUGCGCGUCCAGGUACAUUGGAAACAUAGUCAAGGAAGUGCCUUUUUAUAACGGAUAAAAUCCGAUUUACGCAUAUACCGGAUAUAAAUCCGAUAUAUGCGUAAAACGGACAUUUUCCGGUAUACGCAUAUAACGGAUUUCGCUUAUAUCGGACAAAACCAGUGGGAACAAUUGAAUCCGAUAUAUCCGAGGUUUACAGUAUAUACUGUACCUGUAUAAAGAGACAGGGAUUUAUACACUCAAACCAGCAGGUGGUGCCAAACUACUCCACAUUAAGCCAAUCAGGGUUUUCUUCCUGUCACUCACACACACACCAGCGACCUGGAAAGAUGCAGCCACAACGUUGAGAGGAAAUUUGACCUUGACACGUUCCGACUGUCACCUGCAGUCUUCUUCAGAAAGGUCAGCUUCCCACUGUGAUGUGGUGCUGAUCGGUUGUAUUUCCGAGGCGUGGACACACCCACCCGGUUGGUCGCACCCCCCAAGCGAUCGUCCGUGUUUGUUGGUUUCUGUCUUGAUGAUUUUGCCGUUGUCCAAGUCCAUGAUAUGGUUAUUUAUUUUAUAGUGAUCUGAUUUGGCUGAUUUUAACGUUUUGUCAUGGGAUUUCGAAGAUUAUGUUGCAUUUUUUUGUCUUGUUCUACUUAUUUAUUUUCCUGAUGGAUGAUAAGAUUCAAACAUUUUUUAUUGUUUUUUUUUUGUAUUGUUUAUUGUUUUUUAUUUUAGGUUUUAGUUGGGAUUUUUUCCCUUGUCCCGUUUUUCUUCCUCCUGUUUUCUUUAUCUUGUUUCGCCAACAAUGUAGAGCUCAUUCAUUCAUUCAUUCAUUUUCUACCGCUUUUUCCUCACGAGGGUCGCGGGGGGUGCUGGAGCCUAUCCCAGCUGUCUUCGGGCGAGAGGCGGGGUACACCCUGGACUGGUCGCCAGCCAAUCACAGGGCACAUAUAGACAAACAACCAUUCACACUCGCAUUCAUACCUAUGGACAAUUUGGAGUGGCCAAUUAACCUAGCAUGUUUUUGGAAUGUGGGAGGAAACCGGAGUACCCGGAGAAAACCCACGCGUGCACGGGGAGAACAUGCAAACUCCACACAGAGAUGGCCGAGGGCGGGGACCGAACCCUGGUCUCCUAGCUGUGAGGUCUGCGCACUAACCACCAGACCGCCGUGCCGCCACAAUGUAGAGCUGAUAAGCUAAAUUCACUUAUCACGGUCAGGUCUGGAACCAAUUAAUAGUGAUAAACGAGGGAUUAGAAAUAAACAGACAAACCAGCAGGUGGUGCCAAACUUUCUCCACCCUGAGUGAGCCAGAGCUUUUCUUUCUUCCAUUCACACAUGUAUGCGCACACACACACACACACACACUGGACUGGAGGGGUCCUCCUACAUUGAUGGUGGGCUUAUAUUUGAUUUAUUUUGUCUCUCAAAAGAGACUUAUUAUGCUUUUUCCACUUUUCUGAACUAUAAAUGUUUUUAGAAUGUUGUAUUCUUGUGUUAAAUGAUGCCAAAAUUUCAGAUAAUGAGGUUGCCGCAUUUGGACGUGAGCCCUGAAAGAAGUUUGAGAUGGCUCUGAAUUCUCAGUUUUUGCCUUGUGAGAAGUCACCAUCCAGCCAGUGACUUCCUAUUAUGGGCAUGCCUAUGUACAAGCUGAGUGAGACCAAUCACAGCGGAGUGGGCUUGCACGGAAGCAGACUGAGUGGAAUGAAUUAAAAUUGAUCAUUUUGGAAAUCCAAGUAAAUACAGCUGGAAUAGGUGCAGAUUCUGGAAGAUCUGUGUGCUGGUUAUUGUGUGUAGCUGCUCUAUGGGGUCGAGGAGUCCACAACUCAAUACAAAGUAUUUGUUUUGUUUUUGCUGCUUGAGCUACUGAAAUGAGACACACAAGGUGUCACAAAUAUACACGGGCAGCAAUCUUUUUUUUACCAUUUUGGUAUUUUUUUUAACUUUUUCUGCAAUGGGAGAAAAAUAAAUGUAUUUUAUGUGGUGCAAGUCUGUCACGUACACCAUGUAAAGUUGUCUUGAUCUAUGGUGUGCAACCGUUGUGCUGCCUUGUUUGCAGGACGCAUGUUCUGUAACUUAAUUUAAAACAAUAUUUUAUCACUGAAAUAUGAAGGAGUGUGAUAGAACCUCUUUCCUCUUCCCUCCCUUCCAGACAGCACAUGUCACGUACACUUCCAUCAGGCCAAUGUUCAUGCAUCCGAGGGGAGUCUUUUCGGAAAUACAUUAAAUUGAGUUUAUGACACGUGCUAAUUCAGCUAUGGAUUCAUGCCGUUACUGCUGCUCCUUUCCUGCUGGGAAGCAAAAGUUUUAGGCCUCUAAAAAAAAAUCAAGAGGAAUUGGUAAUUGCUUUUUGAAAGGGUGCGAUUUAUGAUGCACCGAGCAAACAUCAAACAUGACCCUUUUUGGUGUUGGAAAUUGGAUUAUUGAUGCACCUUCUCAACCACGCCAAGCAGGUUCUAAGAGAAUGUAAAAAAUGAGUGAUAUCCUUCUAAUCAGGAUUUGUUUUGUUUGUCAUGUUCGGCGUCAUGAGUAAAGAUGUUGUUGCAUCAAAAUAUGUGUAUACUUUGGUGAAUAUGUGAUGAAUUUAUUGACUUUGCAGCACAGUAGCCAUUGAAUUUAUCGGCUUAAUAAAAGCAUCCAAUUGAUUUAGCUGUGUGAUUCAUCACAGUGAAUGGUUGAGUCAAACCGACUUGUGUUGUGUUUAUAGUCCGUCUUCAUCAUAUGAAUAUACACUCCUUAACAAAUUAAGAUUAGUUGAAAAAUUUAAAGAAUCUACAUUUUACUCUGUUUUCAAAAUGGAAAACAUAAUAAAUGGGAGCGUAAUUUGAGUGAGCAAUUUAUUGUCAACAAACAUUCAUCAGCUGAUCAAAAGUGACUUUAAAAGCCAAAUAUGUGGAUUCAAUGUUGUUUUCUUUCAUGUAACCAUACUGACAAGG